GCAGCGCGACUUUGAAAACAACACUUCGCCAUUUCAGGCUCAGGGGGGCAGAGCUUGAACUCCUGUUAGCGAGGGAAGUAGGUCAACUGAAACCGAGGCGCUACUGUGGCACCUUCUUGCUCUUAAACUUCGCUUAAUUACGUUUUUACCGCUUGGGAAAGGGCCUACGAUUGAGCUCCGAUGCUUGUUAUUUUCCUGGCCCGAAUGAUCUUUUCCAGCGUGGGCCCAGGCUGAGCUGUCAUCUCGGUUGUCAGAUUUUCCUGCUAGCAAGCUAGCUGAGUGUAAACAAGGAUGAAGAGGAUAAAAGGCCCCAAGGAGGAGGGCAGUGGCUCCCCCAGUAUGAGUCCACCCGAGGCUCGCAAGAAAAUUCAGAAACAGUCGAGCCCGUUAUUGGAGGCAGGCGCUUCACUAGAUGCCAACUGGGCUCGUCUGCCCCAGGAGCUUUUGCUGCACAUCUUCCAGUACCUCCCUCUGCUGGACCGGGCCUUCGCCUCGCAGGUGUGCCGCGGUUGGAACCAGGCAUUCCACAUGCCCGAGCUAUGGCGCUGCUUUGAAUUUGAGCUCAACCAGCCGGCCAGCUCUUACUUGAAAGCCACACACCCGGACUUGAUCAAGCAGAUAAUCAAGAGGCACUCCAACCACUUGCAAUAUGUCAGCUUCAAGGUGGACAGCAGCACUGAGUCUGCAGAGGCGGCAUGUGACAUUCUUUCACAGUUGGUGAACUGCUCACUCAAGACCUUGGGGCUCAUCUCAACAGCCAGGCCCAGUUUCAUGGAGGUCCCAAAGUCUCACUUCAUCUCAGCGCUGACGGUGGUGUUCGUCAACUCCAAGUCGCUGUCGUCGCUGAAGAUCGACGACACGCCGGUGGACGACCCGUCGCUGAAGGUGUUGGUGGCCAACAACAGCGACACGCUCAAGCUGCUCAAGAUGAGCAGCUGCCCUCACGUCUCGCCGGCAGGGAUCCUGUGCGUGGCGGACCAGUGCCACGGGCUGCGUGAGCUGGCGUUGAACUACCACCUGCUGAGUGACGAGCUCCUAUUGGCUCUGUCCUCGGAGAAGCACGUGCACCUGGAGCACCUGCGCAUCGACGUGGUGAGCGAGAACCCGGGCCAGCACUUCCACAGCAUCAAGAAGAGCAGCUGGGACGCCAUGGUGCGGCACUCGCCCAAGUUCAACCUGGUCAUGUACUUCUUCCUGUACGAGGACGAGUUUGGGCCCUUCUUCAACGACGAGAUCCCCGUCACGCAUCUUUACUUCGGUCGCUCCGUCAGUAAGGAGGUGCUGGGCCGCGUGGGCCUGCACUGCCCCCGCCUGGUGGAGUUGGUGGUGUGCGCCAACGGCCUGCGACCGCUGGACGAGGAACUGAUCCGCAUCGCCAAGCGCUGCACGCAGCUGUCAGCCAUCGGCCUGGGAGAAUGCGAGGUGUCCUGCAGCGCCUUCGUGGAGUUCGUCAAGAUGUGUGGACGACGCCUGUCGCAGCUUUCCAUCAUGGAGGAGGUGCUCAUCCCUGAUCACAAAUAUUCCCUGGACGAGAUCCACUGGGAGGUCUCCAAGCACCUCGGCCGGGUUUGGUUCCCGGAUAUGAUGCCCACCUGGUAGGGGGAGGAUGACGACGACAACAACUACUAAGGUGGACCCCGGAGUCUCUAAAUAUACUCCAAAAUGUUUGCCCGCGACUCGGACAAGCCUUGGCCAUCUACAGAGCUCAUCGGGAUUCUUUGUCGCCGCACGGCUGCUGGAAAUUUUUCCAAGGGGGAGAUCAGCGCACAAUUGCACUAGCACUAAAAUGGCCAACACCGCAUUAAGGUGGGGAGGGGUUUUGGAAUUAAUUUGCUGAAGAUGGCCGCCGCAAAUGGAAUCGGAACCAGGACUGAGAGAGAAAUGUGUAAAUACGUCCGUAUUUGUCCCGUGAAGUUGUACAGUGUCCAUUGACAGUUAACGUUUUCAUUUUCUUGCUCGUUCCCAUGAUGUUUUUUUUUUCCCCCUUUGGCUUUUGUUGUUUUUUUUGUUCAAGUGAAUUUUCCCUUAAGCACCUUAUGGCAAUACCAAAUGAUCCCAGCAGGAGGAGCGGUGGUCAAUACAUGUAUAGAAAUGUAUGUAGUUAAAAUUGCUUGUAACCCGCCAAUAGUCGACUGGUCGGCUUUUUAGCUGCUCUAACUUGGCCGCGCGCUUUCGUGGUCGCUCAGGUGCAUUUCGUAAAAACAACUUCUUGUACAUUCUGCCCAACGUGGGGGUUGCAGUGGGGUUAGAAAAUGCCGCAAGUUCAGAUAGCGAUCCUGUCGGCAAGUUCAGACGAGUGAAAUUUUUCCUUUAAGAAGGAAGUCAAAAGCAUUUGUAUAUAAAACGCUGUGUGUUUGAUUGCAAUGACAUAGAAAUGUUUAUUUCUUUGAUUUCACCCUGUCAGGGUUCCUUCGCUGUCGACUAUUCCGCAUUUCCACUGCGCAGUACCUGCUGCCUUGUUUAGUCUUCCCCCUUCAAAAAUACAGUCCAGGGGGGAAAAAAAAUGUCCCUUUGAAGUCAUCGCUCGGAAAGACACAAAAUGAACAAAGGUCUCCUGUGUUUUAUUCAGGAGGAGACUGCAGGAAGUAACAAAGCAGAGGUCUGCAGCAAAAUAGAGGCUGGAGUAUACAGGUGCAUCUCAAUAAAUCAUAUAUUAUGCAAAAUCCUAUUUAUUUCGAUAGUUCAUUUCUAAAGUUGUUACUCAUUCAUUAAUGAGACACAAAGUGAAUAUUUUGUAAAUAGUUUCACUUUUUGAAUUGAAUUAUUUUUCCCAACACUUAUUGAGCCCUGGUACAUAGUUUACACAUUCGGAAAAAAAAAAUCCCAGAGCACACUCCCGAACAGAAAUGUCACAAAAAGUACUCUGUAUACAAUGAAUAAUGAUGAUUCAAUCUUAACUCAUUCACUCCCAAAGACUUUUUUAAACGUCUUUUCAGACUUGGUCUAGAAUUGGCUAGUACUGAAUGGGUUAA